AGUCAGAUUUUGCAGGGACCAAGGAAACCAACAGAGCGCCUUGUUUUAUCGAUGUAGAUGACACAUUAUUUAGCGCCGGCACUCAGAAGAGGGACAGCAACUCAAACUGGCCUCUGUCGUUGGGGUGUGGUGUUGAGCUGUGUUUGUGGAGCACCGGUGCAUAUGCGGCGUCCUCAGAAGGAAGUGAAUAGCAGAGUUGCUUUGUCCUAGAUAUGUUCUGCAGCUUGUGAAGUCAGCGCACAAGCAGUUGAAAUGGAGGUGAGACAGAGGAUUUUCAACUCGACCGCACCUUUUUCCGGGUCGUCCCAAGCUGAGCUGAAGGGAUCCUACCCGAGCUGCCCAACCCCGGACCAGGAGACAGAGGAGGAGGAGGAGGAGAAUGAAAUCAAAAUGGCCUUCAUGCCUUUUUUCCCCCCUUUUAUAAAUAAACUGCUGACACAAGGGACUGCAGAACAAGUGGGAGAAGGGCCAUUGAAGAACUCAACCUUCAUCGCCCAAGCCGAAUGUGAAACCCAGGAUUCCCAAGAGUUUAGUCCAUCCUGUUCUGAACGCUCCUAUGUCCUCUCCCCCAACUGCUUCAGCAGUCAUUCCUCGGAGCACAACAAUGUGGCAUGCCCGACGACGGCCUCCAUCCAGGAACCAAACAGCUCUCCGGCGCACCUCAAGUCCAGGAAGAAGGCCCGCAAAAGACAGAAGCGCAAGGAGAAAAAGAAAGAGGAGAAGAAGAGGGAGAAGCAACGACAGAGACAUCGAGUGCCUUCUGGAGUCCCUGAACAGGAGAGUGGAAGUUCUCCGGUUCAGAUCCAAGAGGUGUCUCUUGGACGGACAAGCAUCAGCAGUACCUCUUGCAGCAGCAGUUUUGAAAGCUCAGAGGCGCAGGAGAGGGGCCCUCUUCCGUACGGCCGACAGAUCUACAACAGGGGCUCCAGCUGCACUCCUCUGGUUUGGAAUGACGAGCUCUGCAGCCCCUUCUCAAAUCUCCCUUCCUAUGGGCAGGACAGUGACACAGACUCCUCCCUCAGCAGUGUGGGAGACUGUACAUUGGCCCUGGCCGGACUCAGGGGCAGUGUCAGUCAGGGUGACCCAUGCUUUGCAGGCCCCUUUUGUAAAGCUGUGGAAAGGGAUGUGAGGGAGGAUGAAGAGGAGCUGUCAGCAACCAGCUCUGUCAUCAAUGAAGGAAUAAUCUUUUACAAUGAUAACAUUCAACUGGUGGAUUCUGAAUACAGGGAGGGGAGGGAGUACGUCCUCUCAGAGUUCAUCAAGGAAGGCUCCUAUGGCGAAGUUCACAGGGCUCGCGAUGUCAACACGGGCUUCAGAAUCGCUGCCAAAAAGAUCCCCCUGAAGAGUUUCAGCAGUGAGGAGGUGGGUGCGUGGAGUGCCCUCAAGUCUCCCCGUGUGGUGGAACUCUUUGGAGUGGUGAGAGAAGGGCCUUAUGUCGUCCUCCUCAUGGACCAAAAAUCUGGCUCCCUGGGACAGCUGAUAGCAGAGCGGGGCCGGCUGCCGGAGGACUUAAGCCUCCACUACCACUGGCAAGUCCUCGCAGCGCUGGAGUACUUAGUGAAGAAGAGAGUGGUACAUCUAGAUGUAAAGGCUGACAAUGUGUUGCUCUCUGAUGAUGGCAAAGAGACCUUCUUGUGUGACUUUGGACACGCAGAGCGACUCGACAAUCACGGGCAGAGCCUCAGUGGGUCCAAAGAUCUGAAGGGCACAGAGACUCACAUGGCCCCUGAGAUUGUAAAAGUGCAACCCCGUGGAGCCAAAGCAGAUGUGUGGAGCAGCUGCUGUAUGUUACUGCACAUGCUCAAUGGGUGUCAGCCUUGGACGCGAUACUACACCUGCAGACUUUACCUGAAGAUUGCCAAUGAGCCUCCGCCUGUAAGAGAGAUCCCACAGGACUGCAGUCUCCUCACAGCUGAGGUUAUAAAGGCAGGACUUCAGAAGGACCCGCUCAAGAGAGCAUCGGCCUCCAGCCUCAAAGAGAAAACAGCCAGAGCUCUGAAAGAGGUGGGGGGACUCAUGAGCCAGGUGAGGGGACCCUACACCGAGCCCCUGCAUAUUGUCGACAAACCCCCCGACCCCCAGCAACACUUCACCAGCAGAGUCGACUCUGAGGAUGAGGACCAUCAAGAGUUUGAGGUGAAAUUGAUGAGCCCCUGGAAGGGAAGGGAGCUUCAUGACGAUGAGGAGGAGGAUGAUGAUGAGGAUGAUGAUGUUGAAGACAAGGAAGCUGAUCCUGAUAAGACAUCAAACACAGGCUCUCCUACCUGUCCACAAACACUCAUCUCUGAGCCAAACCACAAGUUGGGCAGCAACAACACUGUGUCUGAGCUACGCAAACUGGAGCGGGAUUUCUACCUGAGCAGUUUGUCCCAGCUGCAUUCUGCUGAGAUGCAGGAACAGCUCUUGUCUUGCCUCAGCAGUGACUGCUACUCCAGCCGGGAACCAUGGGACAAGAAGGACUCUGGCCGCUGGUCCAUGAGCCCAGGAGAUGACUUCAGCUCUGGGGUGUUCUCCUACAGCAGUCAACCAGAUGGACAAGUUUUCAGUACAGACUGGCUGGGUCACAUACAGCUCCCACCACCCUGCUGUUUUGAGGGAGUGGACGUCUGCAUCAGAGAUUUCAACAGGAGAAGCAUCCGCAUCCGAGAGACGCGCCGGGUGAAGGUGGGCCACAUUGCCACUGGAAUCAGCGAUCAGAUCUCUGAGAGGGUUUUCACCCUGGAAACCCAAGAGGGACAGCAGGUUGCUCACGAUGAGGAGGUGCAGGAGUCUGGGCUCGAGCUCUGCUGUGUUUCAGCUCCAGACUUCAGCCCUGGCUGGAGAUGGAGGAUCAGAGACGGGGUGCUGGAGACAAGAUAGAGCCAUCAACUCUUCACCAUCCAACAGCCACCCAGUCAUCACAGCCACAUGCUGGAUUGUGUUCAAUUAUUUUAGAUAUGUGCCCUUUUUGUGUCUGUCAUUGUGCCAGGAUCAUGAUGUUUAUACAAAGAAGCUAUCAAAGUUUACUUUUUUCAAAUGCCUGUCUUAAUAGUUUAAAUGUUAGGAGAGAAAGCAUUUCUGUAGCAUUUUAUUUGUCUGUACGGCACUUAUGUUCAAAUGAAAGCACUGAGUUCAUGUGACCACUAGAGCGUUUACAUCUGUUUCACAUCUUGCUUGUAGCUUUUUGUUUGUUUGUUUGUUUAUUUUUAUCAAGCCAUUAAACAGUAAAAUGACCUAUA